UCUGUCACUCCCACCUCUGAGCUCACUCACCUCCGCCUCCAUCCAGCAAGAUUGUUCUUGAGACGCUACAAGCUAUGUCGCAUCCCGCCGCCAAAUCUUCACUGUCUCCUCAACUCGCGGCCACAACGAUCCUUGACUGGCUGAAGCCUCCCCGAGGCGAAGCCCUGGCCAGACUGCGUACCAACGGCCUAGGACUCCUGACCCUCACCGUUCUCACGAAUCUUCUACCACUCCCGUCGCCAUGGGUGGCGAUUGCCACUGUACGCAAAAACUUGCCGGUGAGCACGUUCUACUACGGCCUGUGUGCUCUUGAGGUUCUAGUACUCGCAAUACUAGGACUGAACAUCCUUCAAGCAUCGUACGCAUUGAAGUACCCACGCGCACAAGCGGCACCACCACCGCCACCGCCCUCUCCAAAGGCCAAUCACGCAUCUCCACGGAAAUGGCACCUUUCGAAUCUAUCCCCAAAUCCGAGCCCCCAGCGCCAGAAGUCGUUCAAUUAUGCACCAUCUCCCGCCUCGACCCCUUCGCGGACGCUCAAUUACACCAUCCCACCAUCCGCUGCGCUGGGUUAUGAUACGUCUUUCACGUCAUCUAUUGGCUCUGUCCCCGGCUCUCCCGCGUCGCCACUUGCAGGGUACCGAGGGAGACAUAGCGUCGCAUCGGGUCGUGCAUUUGACGGUUCGCUUCUGGUCCGCUUAGCACACGAAAAUUCCGAUGAGGAUGAGGAUGAAUGACCGGAGUCACCACCCCUCCCCACGGAGUGCCCGCUGCUCCGGGAACUGAACUAUAGCUCACGCACACUUAUGUGUAUGACGACUACGACAUGCCCUGGCUGGCAUCUCGUGCCGAAUGUCUGUGACA